AUGGAAGAAUUCGAAAAGUCGGCAGCAUUUCAAGAAGCCGGAGCUCAAGUAAUGAUGCCUGCCAUCUGUAAUAGAACAGAAAACAAAGAUGCUUCAAGGGAUGACAAUUUUUAUAACUGCCUAAUAUGGGAAACAACCAUAUCAGGAAAUCAUCAUUGUUGCACUGCUAAAAUGGGAUCCCGCUCUGAUAAAUAUGCUGUGGUGGAUCCACAACUGAGAGUGAUUGGUGUUGAAGGACUCCGCGUGGUCGACGCUUCAGUGUUUCCUCACCAAACAUCGUCAAAUAUUCAGGCAUCAGUGUAUAUGGUCGCUGAAAAAGCAGCAGAUUUGAUGAAACAGACAUGGCAAUUCCGAACAAUUUAA